AUGACAAGCAGAGCAUGCAGUGUCCACGAGAUCCGGCGGGAGCGGCGUGCGGAGGGCCCGGCCAUGGUGCUCGCCAUCGGCAGGGCAAACCCGUUGAACUGUGUUUCCCAAGAAGACUACCCCGACUACUACUUCCGUGUCACCAAGAGCGAGCACCUCACCGACCUCAAAGACACCUUCAAAAAGCUGUGUGAAAUAACAGGCAUGGGAAAGCGGUUCUUCUACCACACGGAGAAACUGCUCAACGUCCACCCCGAACUUCUCCACCAUGCAUCCCCAUCCAUUGAUGUGCGGCUUGAGAUCGCCACCACGGCCGCUCCAGAGCUCGCGGCAUCAGCAGCAGUGAAGGCCAUCGCCGAGUGGGGUCGUCCGGCCACCGACAUCACCCACCUCGUCGUCAGCACAAACUCAGCGGCCCAUGCCCCGAGCGUCGACUUCCGCUUGGCUUCCCUCCUCGGCCUCCGCUCCAGUGUCUGCCGCACGAUGCUCCACCUUAACGGCUGCUCCGGCGGCUGCGCCGCCUUGCGCCUAGCCAAGGACCUGGCCGAGAACAACCGCGGCGCGCGCGUUCUUGUUGCCUGCGUCGAGCUCACCAUUACCUCCUUCCGUGGCCCCGACAAAGAGGACUGCUUCGACACCCUAAUCAGCCAGGGACUGUUCAGUGAUGGAGCAGGCGCCGUCAUCGUCGGCGCCGACACCGUGCGCUCCGUCGAGCACCCGCUGUUUGAGAUGGUGUCCGUGUCGCAGGCCGUGAUACCGGAGAGCGAGCACUUGCUCAACAUGCGGCUCGGGAACAGCGGCAUUUGCGGCAACAUUUCCACCGAGCUGCCACGCCUCACGGGGGACAACAUUGAACGGUGUUUGCUGGAUGCAUUGGAGCCACUUGGUAUCCACGUCAAAUGGAAUGACCUCUUCUGGGUAGUGCACCCCGGUAGCCGUGGUGUCUUGGACCACAUCGAGGUAGCUCUCCAGUUGGAGCCCAAGAAGCUCGCGGCAAGCCGAACGGUUAUGAGAGAGCAUGGGAACAUGCUGGGAGCGACGGUGAUAUUCGUGCUGGACGAGCAGCGACGGCUAAUGGAGAAGGACGCAGCGGGGGCGCAUGGGUGGGGGGUGAUGGUGGGAUUUGGUCCCGGUUUCACUGCCGAGACGACGGUGCUGCGCGCAACUGGUGGUGACCAAAAUAAAAAUUACUAG